GAGUAAUAUAGCGAGAGAGAGAUAGACAGAGAGUAAGAGAUUUCUACAAACAGUGAUGGAAACGUUGUUGUAUCUCACCCUGCUAAUCUCAGGGUUCUACACACCUUCCUCAUGCCUUCAUCAGUAUCACCUCAUUAGCAACAAUACGAACUGGACUGAUGCCCAGAGUUACUGCAGAGCACAUUACACUGACCUGGCCACAGUAGAUGACAUGGAGGACCUGAACAGGCUGAUUACCAGUGUCAUUGACUAUAAAUUAAAAUUAAGACACUGGAUUGGACUGAAGAAGGGAGACUCAAUGAAGUGGCACUGGUCUCUGGCAGACAGACGUUUCUACAGAGAGGGGGAGACUGAGUUCAGAAACUGGGACACUGGGACACCCCAAAAUGGUAACUGUGCAUUAAUGAGUACAGCUGGUCUGUGGAACAACACAUCCUGUGAUGACCAGCAUCACUUCCUCUGUUAUGAUGGAAAACAAGACACCAACCUAACAUACGUCUUAAUUCAGGAGAACAGGACCUGGAUAGAUGCUCAGAGUUACUGCAGACAGAAUCACACAGACCUGGUCAGUGUGAGGAACCAGACUGAGAACACAGAGAUAAAUAAGAAGAUAUCACUGAGGGGACUUCCUGUGUGGAUCGGUCUGUUUCUAGACUCCUGGAGAUGGUCAGACCAGAGUGACUCCUCAUUCAGAAACUGGCAGUCAGGAUGGCCUUCAACAGAUCAGAGAUACAACUGUACUCUGAUGUCGUCUUAUGUUCUUGAAAAUUUAUUUUCUUUUUAUUAUUAUUCUGAAAAGUAUAAAUAUCUUAAAUGGAGAAAUCUAAUAAAUGUGUCCUGUGACGUCCGCAAACCUUUCAUCUGCUAUGGUAAGAGAACUCUGUUUCCCCCAUGA